AUGGAUGCGGCGGCGCUGCGGGCACAAGACGGCGGCAAGGACGACGAGCCGCUGUCGGACAACGUGCUGAUCCGGAGGCGGCAGGUGGCGGCACGAGCGGCGGAGCGGCGGAAGCAAGCUGAAGAGGCCGAGCUGAAGGCCAAGUGCACGUUCAAGCCAAAGAUCAACGCGACUUCGGCAGUGGUGGCGGCGGCAGCCAAGGACGGCGGCAGCGGCGGGAGUGGCGGGCAGUCGAAGGGAUCGGUGUAUGCGGCGCUGACGCCGGCGCCGGUCCCGGUGCGGUCGAAGAACCUGCAGCGGAUGGCGGCCGACUACGCGACAGGCUCGCCGUUUGCCUUUACCGACUACGUCGAGGCGCGCGGCGCAUAUGCUACGGCCUUGAUCGAGGCCGAGACCGCGACGGAGCAGGCCGAGGAGGUGCCGGCAGACCACUUUGUGGUUCCAUCGCCGCGGACGACGCUCCCGCAUCGCAAGCAGCAGCUUGACCGUGCCAAGAAGGCGGUGAUGCUUGACUUUAAGGCGUGGUACGGCAGGCAAGAAGCAGCCGGUAAGCCUGUGGAGCCGUUUCCGGACAAGGCCUCGGCUUUUCGCAUCAUUGAUCGGCUCGCGGCGUCGCGGCAGCGGGCGCGGCUGUAUUGA